AAAUAUUAAUUAAUUAAUUAUGUAAAAAGAAUCCCGUCAGAAAUCUAAACUGUAAUUUCUCCAAGCUCCCUUUGAUUCCCAUCAUCACAAUCAUCAUUUGGACCCAUAAAUCUAAAAUCUCCCAAUUUCCCAAUUCUUUAUCUGUAGGGUUCAGUUCUUAGCUUCAAAUUUGCAAAUUUAGAUCUCAAUCACUCAAAUCACUGAAAAAACAACCUAGCAAAAUGUACGGAUUCGAAGCUAUGACGUUCAACAUCCACGGCGGUUACCUAGAAGCGAUCGUGAGAGGUCACCGGGCCGGUCUCUUAACCGCCACCGAUUACAACAAUCUCUGCCAAUGCGAGACCCUUGACGAUAUCAAGAUGCACCUCUCCGCCACCGAAUACGGUCCUUACCUCCAAAAUGAACCUUCACCAUUGCAUACGACUACUAUUGUGGAGAAAUGCACUCUUAAACUCGUUGAUGAGUAUAAGCAUAUGCUAUGCCAGGCUACCGAGCCAUUGUCCACCUUCUUAGAGUAUAUCACAUAUGGUCACAUGAUAGACAAUGUUGUCUUGAUUGUUACUGGAACCUUGCAUGAGAGAGAUGUUCAAGAGCUUUUGGAGAAAUGCCAUCCUUUGGGCAUGUUUGAUAGCAUUGCAACCCUGGCAGUUGCUCAGAACAUGCGUGAACUCUAUAGGUUGGUUCUCGUUGACACUCCACUGGCUCCAUACUUUUCUGAAUGUAUUACAUCUGAGGACCUUGAUGACAUGAACAUUGAAAUUAUGAGGAACACUCUCUACAAAGCAUACCUUGAAGAUUUUUACAAGUUUUGUCAGAAACUAGGCGGUGCAACUGCAGAGAUAAUGUCUGACCUCUUAGCCUUUGAAGCUGAUAGGAGAGCUGUCAAUAUUACAAUUAACAGCAUUGGAACUGAACUUACUCGUGAUGAUCGUAGGAAAUUAUACUCUAAUUUCGGUCUGCUUUAUCCUUAUGGUCACGAGGAACUUGCUGUCUGUGAAGAUAUUGACCAGGUUCGUGGUGCAAUGGAAAAAUAUCCUCCCUAUCAAUCGAUUUUCUCUAAAUUAUCAUAUGGAGAAAGCCAAAUGCUUGACAAAGCAUUUUACGAGGAGGAAGUGAAAAGGCUUUGCUUAGCUUUCGAGCAACAGUUCCAUUACGGUGUUUUCUUUGCAUACAUGAGAUUAAGGGAGCAGGAGAUAAGGAACCUGAUGUGGAUCUCUGAAUGUGUGGCUCAAAACCAAAAGUCUAGGGUUCAUGACAGUGUGGUCUUUAUAUUUUAAAUGACCCAUCUGACCACCAAGCCGAAGUCGGUUAGGAACAAUGAAUGGUAAUGUCUUUUGCUUGAUCAGCUGUACAUUGUCUGUCCUCCCUCAAAUUCUCCACCCAUAUUUUCAUAUAAGUGGUGUGUUUAGCCGCUCUUUAUCCCAACUAUUUGUGUGCUGAGGAAUAAAUCCCUUCAUAUAUUAUUAUAUGUUUUCUUUGUUAAUUGAGGAUAUAUAUAAUGUUGUGUUCUUGAGCUUAUUUUCAAUCUUUUAUUUAAGGAAUUUCCAGGAAA